AUGAUUGUUAAAACUUUAUUCUGGAACAUAAGAUCUGUGAAGUCCCAACAAGCAUUUCAUAGAGUUCAAAUGUUAAAUAAGCACCACAAGUUCUUUUUGAUAGCUUUGAUGGAACCUUUUCAGCAUCAGAGACAAAUUCAGCAAUAUAGAAGGAAACUUGGAAUGCCUUAUGCUAAUUCCAACUGUAAUGGAAAAAUCUGGUUCUUUGUGCAACACAAUGUGGAGGUCGAGGUUCUAUUGGAUACUGAGCAAUCCAUUACUGUAAAGCUGAACUUUCAAGAUUUCAAUAAAGAUAUGGUGGUUACAAUGGUGUAUGCCAAAUGUUCAAAAGUGGAGAGAUUGCAGUUGUGGGACAGUUUAUAUCUCUUGACUACUAAUAUGACAUCUCCUUGGCUGGUUGGUGGAGAUUUUAAUGUUAUAAUGAAUGAAGAAGAAAAAAUAGGAGGUUUACCAGUUUUGCCUCAAGAAUAUGAGGAUUUUGCUUUUUGUCUGAAUUCAUGUGAAUUGCAUGAGAUGCCUUUCAAAGGGAGUCCUUUCACCUGGUGGAAUGGUAGGGCCGCUAAUGACUGCAUUUUUAAGAGAUUGGACAGGAUUGUACAUAAUGAUACAUUUCAAAAUUGGUUUGGACAAUUAGAGGUGCAAUAUUUGUCCAGGAUUGGUUCUGAUCAUGCACCAUUACUGGUAUCAUGUGGAGAUCAGGUGCAAAUGUUUGUAAAACCAUUCAGAUUUCUCAAGUUCUGGGUGGAACAUGAUUCUUUUCUUGAUUUGGUUAAGCAGCAAUGGGAAACAACAUUAACAUAUGAUGUAUUUCUGUCUUUUAAGCUCAAGAGGAAGAAACUGAAAACUGCUUUAAGUACAUGGAGUAAGACUACUUUUGGUGACAUUUUUAAACAACUUGUUAUCAGAGAGGAAAUAGUCAAGAUUAAGGAGCAGUUGUUUGAGGCAGAUCCAUCUGAAGAAAAUAGAAUGGUUAUGCAGAGGGCACAAGCAGAACUUAAGCUGUAUCGUCAUUAUGAGGAGGAAUUCUGGAGGCAAAAAGCCAGGAUGGACUAUUUUUCUGAUGGUGAUAAGAAUACUAGAUAUUUCCAUAGUCUGGUAAAGGGAAGAAGGAAAAGAAUCCAGGUUAGGAGGAUUAAAGAUGAUGCUAGUAAUUGGCUUGAGGAUGUUGAUAGUGUUGCUGCUCAAGCUGUCAAUUUUUUCCAGAAGCAAUUUACUCAUGAAGAAGUUAGUGAAGAUUCACCAAUUUUUAAUCAUAUUCAAGAGCUGAUCAGAGAAGAGGAUAAUAUACUACUUACUGAACAACCUACUAUGGAGGAAGUACAGAAGGCUGUAUUUGAAUUAAAAGGGGAUAGUGCCUGUGGCCCUGAUGGAUUUUCUGGUAUAUUUUAUUAG